ACUCACACAGAGAGAAAACUCUCCUUUUAACAUCCUUCAUCCUCCACGAUAAGUUGAUUUGCAUUCACGCCGACUAAUUUUACAACUUUCCUCCUGCAAGGGGAGCCUGGUUCUGCUCUGAUCAGCAUGGCUGGAUGUGCCAAGCGCUGCAAAAGGGCCGUUGUCAAGUUUGUUUUGUCUCUUCACAAACUGCUCACUGGAACCCUCAGUAAAGACAACGCUGAUGACGACCUGGAGAUGACCAUGGUGUGCCAUCGACCGGAAGGCCUAGAUCAGCUCGAGGCUCAGACAAACUUCAGUAAAAGAGAACUCCAAGUGUUGUACAGGGGGUUCAAGAAUGAGUGUCCAAGUGGAACUGUCAAUGAGGAAACCUUCAAACAAAUCUACUCCCAAUUUUUCCCACAUGGAGACGCCAGCACCUACGCACACUACUUGUUCAACGCGUUUGACACGGCACAAUCGGGCAUCAUAAAGUUUGAGGACUUUGUAACGGCUCUGUCCAUCCUGCUGAGGGGCUCCAUCACAGAGAAGCUCCAGUGGACUUUUAACCUCUACGACAUCAACCGUGAUGGAUACAUCAACAAAGAGGAGAUGACAGACAUUGUCCGAGCCAUUUAUGACAUGAUGGGCAAGUACACGUACCCCGCCUUGAAAACAGAUGCGCACAAGCAGCACGUGGAUGCCUUCUUUCAGAAAAUGGACAAAAACAGAGACGGGGUAGUAACCAUUGAUGAAUUCAUCUAUUCUUGUCAAGAGGAUGAAAACAUCAUGAGGUCUCUUCAACUCUUUGAAAAUGUUAUCUAGAGAUCAAGUGGGAGAAGUUUGUGGCUUCAUCGGAGUGAAAUGAGGCAAAGAAAGAAUAUCAUCAAAAAAAGUGACUUGCCACUGUCACUGAAAUAUAUGGAAGGUGUUGUACUGAAACAUGGUGAAAACGUCAAUGCAUCUGGAAAAAAGUCCUUCAGACUUUUAUCUGAUUUGUUUGUUUCUGUCACAUUGUUAAGUGUGCAUUUUGUGAAAAUACUCAAGUCUCUCACUUUUGGUUGAGCACACAAGUGUUUGAUAAUAACUGUCCUCUUUUGAAUCUCUUUGUCAGUCCCCAAAAAAGGAGCAAUAUUGUAACGCAUGCAGGUAGAAGGAUCUAUUUAAGUCGGUGUGCCAUACAAAGAGGGCAGCCAUAUCCUGUGGGGUCACAUCAGAGUUCACCCGAUUUUUGACCAAGUGUGUCUGGAGUCCGAGUCUCAAUGUUGUAACAAUACUGAAUCAAAUGUUCUAUUUGUUGUUUCUGCUUCCUUAAGGGAUCAUUCCUGCUCAUCUGUGUAUAUCUGCCUCAUUCGGCAUAGUUGGAAUUACCGUGGAGUACCUGCAUUUACGCUUUGGCCUGUCAGCAAGAGGACAGUAACUUUGGGGAUUUUACUGGCACACAGUUGGAGAAUGCCUCUGGAAAGUGCAUGUGUGUCCUAAUGUGAACUCUUUGUUUGUCUGAUUAAUAAAAUGACAUUUGUCGGAGCAUGUAUUUUCAUAUUAUGUGCAGCUAAAUAGACAGAUUGACACAGAGGAACCUUUCAGAUUGAACUUUGCAAUGUCGUUGACCAAAACUUUCACUGUGAGGGUGCGUCGACUGUAUGGCGGCAGGUUAAAAAUGUGACUUGAUGAAAAAAGCUAAGACUGAUUUGUUAUUUCAGAAGCCUUUUUGUUUCAGUGACGUUUAAAAGAAUAGCGGGGACAUCAAUUUAACCACUGCACUCUGUGUUACUACAGUGGGGACUGAAUUCUCAGUAGAAUUUAAUAGGAAAUCAUACAAAGGUUUUGAACUGAACUUUUCCAAAAUGGAUUCUCCAGCAACAACACAACACCGCAUUUCAGCACAAUGUUUAUGAUAAUGAAGAAGGGGUGGGGUAUUAUUUUUAUAGAAUGUUUUUCCAUAAUAAAAACUAUGCUUUAAGCACACAUCCCACCACCCCCAAAAUGACUUCUUCAUUUUCAACUUCACCGCACAACUUUUCAUACAAAUCCUAUUAAAUUCUCAUGAGAACAGGCUCCAGUGCGACAGUUUGGCAGCUCAUCCAGAUAUGGGGACAGCAGUAAUGACUGACGGACAACAUAAAAACUGUCCAGAUGAUUUUGCGUGCACCGAAUUGUUGUAAAAAAGAAUAAGAAGAAAAAUUUUUUUAUCAAUAAACGUUUUUUUUAAAAAAAAACAAUGGCAAAAUCAUUGGUUAUCUUGUUGUGUCUUGAAACCUUUUGAUGAUAUGAUGAAACCUAAAAUUUGGUCACAAAACAUUUGUAUUUAUACCGUUCUCCACCCAAUAAAAGUACAACAAAGAACACUGUAGCCUACAUUCUUUUUUGGCCCACAAAACAUAUUAACGUCCUUACAAGGACAAAUAAACACUGGACAUGCAUCACCUUUAUUAAUCAACAUACAGCUUCUUUGCUCAAUUUCUUUAAUUGUAUUUACCGUGUAACAUUUUGGGCGCACCGAAUGUCAUAUAUACAAGUGAUUGUGUUGGUGCCCUGUAAAUAAAUGGGAUAAAUCAUUAGAUAAAUGAGCUCUAGUGAGGCUUUAAGUGCAGUACAAUUCAAAACAUUUACGUGAAUUAUAUUUUUGUUUGGUUGACAGGACACACUAAAUUUUAGUGCAUGUGUCUGACUACCUUAUUUGCUGUUAACUUUUUCAUAACAGAGCCUAUAGGAUCGUUUAACCUUUCAAUGCGUCCUUUAAAUUCAUGAGAUUUCACGAGAUAUCGAGUGAUACCUCACUUGUACACAUUCUAUUGGCUGGUGCCACGUAAUCUCCCUAAUAAAAAGGACAAAUACACAUUGGAAGACAAUGACUAUGUUAUGAAAUAUUUUGAGCACUUUUAUCCCCUUCGAUUCUUUUAUUUCUGGGGGAUGUAUGAAAAAGUCUCAGAGGUGAAAAAUGAAGUCCUAUUUUCUUCGGGAUUGGCGUCACUCACCCUCGCAAAAAUAUCCAAGGUCCAAUUUCACCGCUCAAAUGUCCCCCAUCCUCUCACCAGUUAGUCUUGCAAUUUCCCAUCAAUCAAAGUUCACUCGCAGAUUUAAAGUCCUCACAUGCCCCCCCCCCCC